CCACGCAGGAGGGAUGCGAAGUGUCACGCCGCCGCGGAAGCAACCGCAGGCUCAGCACCGCCAUCCAACAGCAGAUUGCUGGCAGCCAAUGCCGAGGACGCUUUGAAGUGGCACCAAAUUCCUCCCAGCCAAUAGGAGCCCUCCGCUCAGUGCCAAGGUAUCAUCCUCUCCUUCGCUCUCUCUCUCCCCCCCUCUUCCCGGCCACUUUAACGUCACCGGCAACCAACCUCCCGGCAGCAGCAGCAGCAGCAGCAGCAGCGAGGCAGCCUCUGGCAGCGUGAGAGCAAAGUUGCGCCACGCAUCUGGAUCUUGAGCGGGGAGUGGCCCCGUCCUCGUCGGAGGCUCCUGCCUUUAAUGUGAUUUCGUUAUAUUUAUUUGUUUAUUUAUUUGAGAGAAGCGGGAAAGGGGGGGAGCUCAUCACUGAUGGGUUACUAAAGUUCACGGCGAAGGAAGCUUAAAUACCUUUGCGGAAGGCUCCGGCCGCAAAACAGCCCAGCCUGCUGCGGGAUCUGGAGCAUCACCGAAGUUGCGGCGGCGGCGAGAUUCUCCUCUCUGACUCAGGGGCGGCCGCGGCUCGGAUCACCACCGGCAAAGGGAAAGGCGGAGCGAGCCUUCCGUCCUAGCGGCAAGAGCGCCAUCAGGGAGCCCGGCAGCUUCCCGGGCCGCUUCGCAAGCGCAAGGGAGCAUCCGAAGGAGCCGCUCGCGAUGCCCGCCCAGCUGUCCCCGAUGGAGAUUUCUCCAGAGUUCUCUGCCACCAGUGCCUUUGCUCAUGUGGCCCAGAAUGGGGCAGUGCAUGUAGAGAAAGUUAAUCCCACACACGAGGAUAUUGGAUCUGGGAGAGUAAUGACUGAUGAUGUAUUUGAUGAGAGCUAUCGUGAGAAAAAGGGCCCAAAGCCUGCUACAGUCUAUGUCUGGAGAAAUAUCAUCCUUAUGUUCCUGCUCCACGUAUCUGCAGUUUAUGCCCUUUGGCUCAUACCUGCAACACAUAUUCUCACCUUAGUGUGGGCAAUGUUGUGCUUCAUCUUGAGUGGUCUAGGAAUAACAGCUGGAGCACAUCGACUUUGGAGUCACCGGUCUUACAAAGCUACCUUGCCUCUUCGAAUAUUCUUGGCUGUUAUCAACUCCAUGGCUUUCCAGAAUGAUAUUUAUGAGUGGGCUAGAGACCAUCGUGGCCACCACAAAUUCUCUGAAACAGAUGCAGAUCCUCACAAUGCAAGUCGAGGCUUUUUCUUUUCUCAUAUCGGCUGGCUGCUCGUGCGAAAACACCCUGAUGUCAUAGAGAAAGGAAAGAAGCUGGACCUCUCUGACCUGGAGGCUGACAAAGUUGUGAUGUUCCAGAGGAGAUAUUACAAGCUAUCUCUGUUGAUCAUGUGCUUCUUUGUACCUUCCAUUGUGCCUUGGUAUUUCUGGGGAGAAUCCUUAUACAACAGCUUCUUCAUAGCUGCCAUCCUCCGUUAUGCCUUGAUCCUCAAUGCUACCUGGCUAGUGAACAGUGCAGCCCACAUGUAUGGCAACCGGCCGUAUGAUCGGAACAUUAACCCCAGGGAAAACCACUUUGUUGUAUUUGGAGCCUUAGGUGAAGGCUUCCACAACUAUCACCAUACUUUCCCUUUUGAUUACUCAACCAGUGAGUUUGGCUUAAAGUGGAACUUCACUACAGCUUUCAUUGAUUUAAUGUGCUACCUUGGCUUGGCCAGCGACCCUAAGAGAGUAGCCAAGGAGACCAUUUUGGCCCGGAAAAUGCGGACUGGUGAUGGUAGUCACAAGACUGGCUGAAGGUCUGGUUCCUUUCCCCACAAGCCCCAGUUCAAAGGUUGCUUUCCCCUUCCUCUUCGUCUUUCAAACAACCUGUGCAUACAUUUAACAACCAGUCUACUAACUAAUAAGCAAUGCUUCCAGGAUGCUCAAAAGUAUGACUAACCUAUUUCAGUACAGUGUUUGAAACAACGUAUUUAAGGCUGGUAACUUUCCCUUGACUCUUUGGGCACAAGGGGGUUGCCUGUCCUUCUAUUUUGUUGCUCCAUGGCAAGGUCUCUUUACCGUCUUCUCUGUGCUCUCUUUUCUCUUUCUCUCCCUCAUGUUAGAAGCCAGUAGAACAUCUCCACCUGUUGGCUUCCCUGGAAACAAUUAAGAAGGACUGAGCCGACAGGGUUACACCAAAGUAGGAAAUCUUUUUCCCAGGAAGAGCAGAAACUCAUAUUUUGCUAAUUAGUAACCCGUUCUGUUUCCUGGCUCUUGAAGUUAGUAGUGCCUUUGAUGAAAAAGCAGAGGCGCUGCCCUAUCUGCUUUUUCUUGGAGAAGGCUUCUUAGACCAAGGGUUUCAAUAACUGUGGGAGACUAAGAAAGAGGUGGGGAUGGGAAUGAUAAAAAGAUUAGGAGUGGAAAGGGGAAGAAGAUCUUUUUGGAAGGGUGGCAAACUACGUUCCUGGUUAGACUCAGAAUUAAGAGUUGGUUAAACAAAUAAUAACGAACCAGAACAGCUUUCUAUUCUAUCUCCAUUUGUGGUCUAAUGUCCCGCCUGCUCUUUUCCUGCAGUUAGGCGCUGACCAGAAGCAAGAGGUCUGUGAAGGGUUCUGCAGGCUUGUACAGGCUAAGUUAGGCGAAGGGAUUGGGUGCUUGAUGGCAUCCGAACCAGAUUUGGUGGAGAAUGUAUUUAGAAUGAAAAAGGGAAACUGUCGUGUUUGGAAGGUAAAAACAGAGGCCCACUCCUCUCUUCCCUCUCCCCUUUCUUCCUCGACCUUACCCCCAUACUCCUGAGUGAUUUCUCGCCUUUUAUCACCAGUCAAGUUGCUGACUUUCUUCUAACUGUUAUGAAGACCUCCCC